AUGGGUCCGUUUAGAGCGCCAGAACAAUUCAAUUUUUCCCAGCCAAACUUGUGGCCUGAGUGGAAACAACGAUUUCAGCGUUUCAGAUGUGCAUCAAAACUAGACAAAGACGAUGAAGCAGUUCAGGUCAGUGCCUUGAUCUACACUAUGGGCAACAACGCAGAACGCAUUCUCACGUCUUUUGGUCUGGAUGCACGACAGCUGCAAGAAUACGACACUGUUCUUGAAAAAUUUGAUGAGUACUUUGUGCCAAAACGCAAUAUCAUCCAUGAGCGUGCACGAUUUCACGCCAGAAAUCAGAAACCGGACGAAAGUAUCGAAGAAUACAUUAGAGAUUUAUACGAGCUCGCUGCAAAGGCAGACGUAAGAGACAAAGAUGAAGCUAUCAGAGAUCGCCUCGUGUUAGGGAUCCUCGACAGAGACUUGUCCGAAAGAUUACAAUUAAAGGAUGACUUAACACUGCAAGACGCUAUCUUGCAGGCAAGGCAAUAUGAGCAAGUGAAAGCACAGCUUUCUGACCAGCGUCGCACAAAUGUGGACGCAGUGCAAUUCAAGAAAAGUGCCUCUGGUGGUGUACAUAGUCAGUGCAAAGGUGCAACUGGCAGUUCGCGCGGCUUCAGUGGUCGUCGUCGCGUACAAAAAGUUGUCACCAUGUCCCAAGCUAUUGAAGACAAUGUAGUGUUAAAGAGUGUAGGAGGAGUCCUGAAGUGUGAUGGACAGUUCAUUACUACAACAAGAAUUCAUGACCAGCUUCAUGUACUGAAAGUGUUUGUUGUGCAAGCAAUCACUGAAAAUCUGCUUAGUAGAGAAGCAGCAUCCAGAUUAGGUUUAGUGAAGAGGAUAGAGGCUGUCAAUGCCUUAUUUGGAAAACUUGACAAGACGCCUGUGCAGUGUCCUCCAGUCAAGAUCAUCUUGAAAGAAAACAUUGAGCCAUACAGUGUUCAUGCAGCAAGGAGAAUACCAAUACCAUUGCUGGACAAGGUCAAGGAAGAAUUAAAAAGUAUGCAGGAAACAGGGAUUAUAGAGGAAAUAACAGAGCCAACAGAUUGGUGCUCUCCCAUUGUGCCAGUAAUGAAGAAAUCAGGUAGCAUACGUAUUUGUGUUGAUUACAAGAAGCUCAAUACUGCAGUGAAGCGGGAGCGGUAUACCUUGCCAACACUGGAAGAUAUUUUACAUAAGCUUUCUGGAUCAGCAGUUUACAGCAAGCUGGAUGCAACAUCAGGUUUCUAUCAGAUUCCCCUUGAUCCAGAUUCUGCAAAACUUACUACAUUCAUCGCUCCAUGUGGGAGAUAUUUCUUCAGGAGAUUACCAUUUGGUAUUUCAUCAGCUCCAGAGAUUUUUCAGAGGACCAUGGAGACUAUCCUAAAGGAUGUACCCAACAUAAUCUGCUAUUUUGAUGAUAUCCUUGUUUAUAGUGAGAAUGAACAAGCUCACGAGAAGCAUCUUGAGAGAGUCAUGAAAACACUUGCCAGUGCUAACCUGAAACUCAACUAUGAGAAAUGUGAGCUCAGGAAGCAUGAGAUUGAAUUUUUUGGGUCAUAG